AUGUCAGAUUCUGAGUACUAUUAGAAAUUUGGAAUUAACUAGUCUAUUUUCAACAGUGAGCCAAUAAAAUAGCUUACACCAAUAUUAAAAAUCUCUCGUUCUGCUUCAGAUGAUACUAUGGUUCGUAAAGAUAGUUAUGGGAAUGUAAUUAUGCGUGGAAAUAAGUAGCAUAAAAUAUAGUUUAGGGAAUAAAAUGAAAUAUAUUUAGGUAUUUAAAAUUAAGUUAUAGAUUAGUUGAAAAUUGGAAAUAAUACAAUACGGACAUGACCAAUCAUGAAUCUCCUUGUGUCUGUCAAAUAAUAUGA